UAAAGGGCACAGAGAUGCAGCUGUCUUUCUCAAACAUGGCAACUCCAGUUCCUCACUUCCUAUCUUUCAAAGCUUCUCAAGAAGAUAGGCCGAGGAAGGCUGCUCAUGACCCUCCACCGGCGUCCGGAUUCAUGGCUAUACCAACUGCCAAUUCUUAUGGCUCGACUUCGACUCAGAAACAAGGGGAAACCACUACACUGUGGUACACCAAUCCCACCGUUCCCACCAAGCGAGUGCUUUUCCGGUCUCCGGCCAGCCAAAUAAAACUACUACAGUUCCCAUGAGCACUCCUCUUCUCCAGCCCUACUUUGCUUCUAAUGCGCAGUACAUAGUUGGUCAUACCGUAAACCCGCAACCUUUUACUGGAGUUCCAAUUAUGGCUCCCCCUGUAUCUGUUGUUCCUCCAUCAAGUUCUAUCAUUGGUACUACUGAUCUUAGGAGUGCUGCAAGCGCCAAAUAUUCCGGGGCACCAUCGCAAUUGACUAUCUUUUAUGCUGGAUCUGUGUGCGUGUACGAUGAUGUGUCUCCCGACAAGGCCGAUGCUAUUAUGUUAUUAGCUGGAAAUGGUUCUGCAACUCAGAGUAAAACAGCUCCCAUGACUCAUAGUUCAAGACCUUGUACUGCUGAUGCUUUUUUCAGAAACAGUAGCUGCACCAUGUCCUCUUUCCCGGGUCCUCCAAGUCAUGUUUCUGUAACCCCCCAUGUCAGAUCACAGGCCGGUGGACAAUGUAGGAGCACCAAUGAACUAACGGUUGCCCCAAGAAUCGGUGCUCUAACAUCUACUAGUAGCCGACCGGAGCCUCCUAAAUCGGUGAAUUCAGUAGGAUCUGCUGCGACAACUCGAAAUCCUACGGUAGCUGUGCCGCAAGCUCGUAAAGCAUCCUUGGCUCGGUUUUUAGAGAAGCGCAAAGAAAGGGCAUCAAACAUGUCGCCAUACGGUGUCAGCCAGAAAUCUCCUGAUUCGCGCCCUGCAAGUUCUGAUGGCUUUUCUCUAGCUUCUGAUGGCUUUUCUCUAGCUUCUGCUGCAUCCGUCCUCUACUAGCCCCCAGUUAAUGGUCGUUGAGGCCUUGUUUUUCCUUUUGCCAUAAAUCAUGUCAGAU